ACGUAGCAAGGGGCUGCAGAUCAUGCCACUGGAGGAGGAACCUGUCAAGAUGAGGCUGACUUUCCUGGUCAUCCUGGUCAUCCUGGCAGUGCUGCAACUCUGCAGCCCAGUCUUCCUCUCUGACCCCCUGCUCUACACCUCUCAGCUGGAGGAGGGGCAGGAUGCACCAAGCAAGCCCUGGCUCAACCCUCUGCUGGAAGAUGUGGUCCCUGAGCUGGACAUCCACAGUCCAUCCACACUGACAGAGACCUCAGAUCUAGAGCCCCAGUUCCCCACUUCCCUGUUUAUGUAUGGGGAGAACGCCAACCUUAAAUGGGUUCAAUGGGAAGGGUCCCUCCCUAAUGGUGCUGUGGGCAUCUACAACGGUUACACCGAACGACAUGACUACAUCUGCAAAGUCAACUGCGAAGCUGGCUUCUAUACCGCAAGCAAAGGCAGUUUCUGCCAGUACCCCUACGCUGAAGAGGAGCAUUCAUCCUCUAAGUUCGAAGUCCUGGUCAAUGUGGACAACUUUGAGUUUGUGGAGUGGAUCGAGGAGGAAUACGGUGCUGUCCCCCAACAUGCUGUCAAGACCUGCCAAGGUGUUGAGAUAUACGUCGGCAAGAACAAAUACGGUCUGGGAAAGGUUGUGACCCAACAUAAAGCCUUCUUCCUGCCUUGGGAGGGUGAUGAGUACUGGUACAAGAGAUACCAGGUCCUGGCCAUCAACAGGGACACCUACAGCCAGCACAUCUCUCACGUGGAGUACGCCAUCGACCAGAUCGAGUUGUUCAACCACCCUCCUGAGGCCAUGCAGUUUGUCAGGGUCACCAACCUGGAGUGCAGCAGUGUGGAGAAGAAGGUCUUGCUGGAGAAGACCAGCAGUGUGGAGAAGACCUGGGACAUCGGCAGGGAGAGCCGCAACAGCUCCACCACCAUGACGGCCAAGGUGCCCAUUAUCAGCCCAGGCACCGUGGACUUCACCAAGGAGCAGACGGUGAGCUUCUCAGAGGGAACCACCAUGAUGGAGUCUAUCAGCCACUCCAUCUCUGUGGUGCUGCUGGUCCCUCCCAACCACUCCUGUGCCGUGCAGAUGGAGGGCAGGAAGAUGACCGCCGACAUCCCCUUCACGGGUAGGCUGAGCCGCACCUACCAUAACGGAGACACCCACUGGACCACCAUCACAGGGACUUAUGAUGGUGUGAAAGUGGGGGAGAUCAAUGCUGUGGUGGAGAGAUGCCAGCCUGUCCCUGAUGCCAUACCCUGCUACCCCGUUGAGACAGACCCCUGAGACAGAAGAACUCUAGAUGUGAGAACUCCAAUGUGCACGUGGUCUAUCCCUCCAGAGACAACCUGAACAAAUUAUAACCCUUGUGUCACAAUACCUUGUCAUCAAUAAACUGAUGUAACUUCUA